AUGAAGUGGAAACGGAUCUACGGGUAUGACUUGAUGCUCAGCGCCAGCAAGGCCGUCACAUUCGUUUCUCUACGGGACAAACAGUAUUGCAAAUCGUGCAACGAGGCCUCAUGUUCUGCGACACCGACACCUCGCCUUUUCAGGAGCCACUAA